AUGACCACCUAUCUUUCGCCUGAUGCCGAAAUUGUGCACUCGCCUGCGUUUGAAGCAGCGGUUGUCAAGAUGUUGGUAGGCGAUGCGGGCUUGUUGACGAACGAAGAGGCCAGAGCUUUGGAACCAUUCCGUGUACCAGCGGAGGCUUUGAGCACCGCGGAAGUGACGAGUUCUACCGCAAAGGAAGGGUUUGCUGAUCAAAUCCUAAAUCGACGCAAAAUUGUUGCCAAUCCAUCGACCUACAAUCUCCUAUCAGUUAUCCCACCUACGUCGAAUCGAGUAGAGAGGUUUUUUCAGUAUCGCUCGUGCCGUGGUUCGACACGAGCGACACAGGUUGUCGCCUAUGACUCUCGAAAUGAUUCUCUUUCUGAAGGUUAG